AUCAGCCUCGCCAACGAUAGGCCCUCCUCGUCUGCGUAAACUUGGAAAAGCUCGGAAAUAUGAUCUCACGUCUCGAAGGCGACGUCGAUUCAAGGGGGUCUGACACGGAUCAAUCUUCCACUUCUUCUGACGCAACAUGGCAUCUGCACUAUGAUACUGCGGUCAUCCAUGCGGGGCUCGAUAAAACUCCCCGCCAUGGAGAGUGUACAGUACCAGUGUUCAACUCGGCGUCCUUCAAGUUUCCCAGCUCAGCUGCUGCCGACGAUGCGUUCAGUGCUGUCCCAGAUGUACAGCGCUGGGUCUAUAGCCGCUUUGGUAACCCAACGAACGAUGCAUUUGAACGACGCAUGGUCGCUCUCGAGGAUGGUGUCGAUGCUGUGUCGCUUGCGUCGGGAGCAGCCGCCACCUUGACUGUUGCCAUGUCUCUGGCAAGGGUUGGAGACAACGUAAUUGUAUCCAAUUUCACACAUGGAGGAACCUUUCAUCAAUUCAAGCUCAUCAUGGCACAAAUGGGGGUCGAGAGUCGGUUCUGCAACACCAACGAUCUCGAGCGCGUCCGCUCGCUUCUAGACGAACGAACCAAGUUCAUCUUCACCGAAACCAUAGGGAAUCCGAAAUUCUCAGUUGCCGAUCUAGAACCUCUUGCCGAGAUCGCUCACGGGGCUCAGAUUCCUCUCGUUGUCGAUGCUACUUUUACGGCGGCAGGCUAUUUCUGCCAGCCUGCCCGUUGGGGCGCUGAUAUCAUCAUUCACUCGGCCACCAAGUGGAUAGGGGGUCAUGGCACCACUCUUGGUGGCGUCGUCAUCGAAACAGGCCGGUCGGACUGGCAGUCCAAUGUCGCCCGCUUUCCACAACUCCACGGCCGUGAGUUCGGCUCUGACAAGGUUGUCGGGACCAAUCUUUAUACUGCUCUCGGGUCUCGAGCCUACAUGCAGAUGCUAAAGUGGGAUUUCAUGCGAGAUACAGGCGCCUGUCUUGCCGCGCCCUCGGCCCAACAGCUCUGCAUCGGGCUCGAAACCCUGCCGCUGAGGUGCGAGAGGCAGACAAACAAUGCUGAUCAACUUGCUCGCUGGCUGCGUGCUCACUCGCGAGUGGCCUGGGUUCGAUACCUGGGAUUUGAAGAUCACCCGGAUCAUGCAUUGGCGAAAAAGUAUUUUACACCAGGUCACGGCUUUGGUUCAGUGCUUACCUUCGGUCUCAAGGGCGGAGCAGCUGAAGGUUUUGCCCUCAUUGAUGCGUUCAAGCUAAUUACCAAUACACCGAAUGUUGGCGACGCAAAAACCAUCAUUGGGCAUCACUGGUCAACAACGCACAAGCAAUGCAGCCCGGAGGAGAUGGAGAACAUGGGCGUUUACGAGGAUUUGUUGAGGCUAUCUCUAGGCAUUGAGCACAUUAGUGAUAUCGUCCGAGAUUUUGAGCAGGCUCUGGGCCAGACGUCCCAUCUUGUGGCGAAGCAAGACGGUGCUCCUUUGGGUAGCUUAUAA